GCUUUAUUUUGACACGUUGACUGUACUCAGGUGGCUCUGGGGGUUGUUGUUAGCAGCGUGUUACUGAAGGAAUCAGAAGUUGGACAAAUGGUCGGUGGUAUUCCGGGCUGCAGGUGUAACAGGGUCACGAGAAGAUGUCUUCAUUAGUGGCCUACGAGGACUCAGGGUCGGAGGAUGAAUCCUCAGCUUCUGGUCAAACUGGAUCUUGUGAACCAAGCCAGGACGUUGUGUUGUAUAGUAACUCAAAGGUGACACCCAGCGCUCAGGGGUUUCACCCAGCCCCUGACUUUACAUUGUUGGAACAUCAUGGAAAUAUCUCAGAAAGAAGCAGCUCCUCAUUACAUCCCCAUCCACACCCCCAUUUUGAUCAGAGGAUGACAUAUUGCAGCAGCAGGGCAGCACAAUAUAAGCAUUUUGGAGAUACCGCAGCUCCUUUGAGUUUACCUGCAACUCAGGAGAAGAUCUCUCUGCUCCAGUCUCCUCCUCACCUGCCAAAAAGCUUUGGUGAUGGUUUGAACCAGGCAAAAAGACACCACAGUGUCCCGUCUGGUAUCAGACCGUACCUCCCCAAGAGACAGAGACUCGCCACUUCAGCAGACACUCGUGACCCAAAGUUAUCAGCAGAGCAAGUCCCAGGGAAUCGGGCCGGGGAAAGCCAAGUUCUCUUAGAUGUGUCGGCAAGAGUGAAGCCGUAUCUCACUCAGAAGCCCGACGCGGCGGGGAUCCCGAGGAGGCUUCUGAUGCGACUGGGAGGCCACCAGGGCCCAGUCAACACUGUGCAGUGGUGUCCUGUGCCUCAUCUCAGUCAUCUGCUGCUGUCUGCCUCCAUGGACAGGACUUUCAAGGUGUGGGAUGGAGCGGAGAGCGGACGGUGCCUCAGGGUUUACACCUGCCAUUCGGGAGCCGUGCGCGACGCCUGCUGGACCCCCUGCGGGCGACACCUCCUCACCGGGUCAUUCGACAACACGACUGUGAUCACAGACGUGGAGACGGGGCAGCAGAAAGUGAAAUUUGACAACCAGUUCAAGGUGAUGUGUGUGGUCCUGCAUCCCAGCAGCCCAGACGUGUUCCUGUGCGGAGGUCACAGUUCAGUGGUCAACGCCUGGGACUCUCGCAGCAGCAAGAUGGUUAAAACAUACAAAGCAGGGAUCCAGCAGACAUUGGACAUCCUGUUUCUCAGAGGCGGUUUGGACUUCAUAACAACUUCCGACUGUGUGAGCAGAGACUCUGCGGAUCGGACCCUGAUCGCCUGGGACUACCAGACAGCAGCCAAGCUCUCCAAUCAGAUCUACCAUGAGCGGUACACGUGCCCCAGCCUGGCUCUCCAUCCGCUGGAGGACUCCUUUGUGGCCCAGACCAAUGGGAACUACAUGGCGGCGUUCUCCUCCCAGCAGCCGUACAGAAUGAACAAGAGGCGACGAUACGAAGGACACAAGGUGGAGGGGUACGCGGUGCAGUGUGGGUUUUCUCAGGAUGGAACUAUCCUCGCCUCGGGGAGCGCCACCGGCAGCGCUCACUUCUACGACCACCACACCGCUCGGGCGCUGCACACUCUGCGCGCCCACAGCCAGCCCUGUCUGUGCGUGGCGCAGCAUCCCGUCCUGCCCGCGACUGCCGCCACCUGCGACUGGGCCGGGGAGAUCAAGGUCUGGCACUGACGACGGUGAACGCACACGAGAAUAUGAAGCGCGGGGAAAAAAAUUGAGACAGGUUUGCCAAGAUGAAGAUUGUAUUAAACUCGUGUGCACAUCCAUCCUCGAGGCUUGAUCCUCCCUUAAUCCCCUGGUAUAAGAUGAUAAGAACUUUAUCCACUGCCUUUGGAAAACAGUUUUUUAACACCGUGUAUUUUUAAAACCUCCCACACUCUCAUUCCCAUUGAUAUGAACUGAUCCUAUUCUGUUUACAUGUUUUUUCUAUAUUUGGUCCAACUUGUAUUGUUUUAAAAUCAGGAGGAGUCGCACUGGGAGAGAUCAAAUGAAGUUUCUUUACAGUUCAAAGGGUGAAGUGCUUUUAUGAGUUUUAUCUAAAGUGGUGGGCGGUGGCAAAGCGGUCUCGCCACACACACACACACACACACACACACACACACACACACACACACACGCAAACACAAACCCAGUGCUUUUACUCUCAGCUUUCCACUCCAAACACAGCCAGGGGACAUCAUCAUCAUCGUUGUUAUGUUAUUCUAGUUUUUGUCAAAACAGAAAGAAAAACAUGUCUUUGGGCAUUUUUCUAAUCACAAGUGUUUUUCACUGUGCAUUCUGCGUACAAAUCACUUUCCCUCUGUUUGUUCUCUUCUGCUCUGGCACCAUAUUUUCCUGUCGUUCUGACAGCUCAGAGGAUCACUGAGAACGACCACAGAUCUUCAAACUUUUGCAAUAAAAAUAAGCUGAUGUCUGUCAAAGCUCCGCCAGGUGCUUCCACAAUCCUGCCAGUCGACAACAGAGCGGUGCUGUGCAGACAGAAGCUCAUGAUUCACCAUCAAGUGGAACAGGCCUUAAAAUGCACAUAGCUGUUUAUCGGAAGGCAACUUCUAAUGGCUCAAUACGUGUUUCCCUUUCCCAGCCCCUGCAGUUGUAAAUAGUCAAUAAGAGUUAAAUUAACUCUGUAAAGAACGACUUGGCAAAUUUCACACUGUGAAAACUGAUGCCUUUAUGUCGAUUUAUUUGGUUUGCAAAUGUAGAAGAAGAUCCUUGUUUAAUUAUCAGACAUAUCAGGAGAGAAUUAAGAAAAGGCCUUGAAACCUCCGCCAAGCCCACGUUAAUUGUAAAAUCUUGUAAUGUUAAAGGAAGCAAAUGUUGCGAUGAAGGAAAAAAUUGUUCUGCCUCUUUGUCAAGAUUCACACCAACGUUUUAUGGAUUCUGUGUCUCGGCCCGUGUCUAGUUCUAUGACCAGAUUUGUUGAAUUCUGUUUCUUUGUUUUUUUUGUUAUCAUGCUAACAAACAAACAAACGGAAAGGGGUGAAAACAUAAACUCUUGAAGUGGAGAUAAUAAACUUAAACGCCAUCAGCAGCAGAAAGAGAGAGGAACUUUGGAGAACCUCCUCAGGUAAGAAAUGGAGGAUGGACUUUUUGCGCGGUGAGUAUCUAGAUGUAAAAAAAUGUUGGGGUCAUUCCAUUAAUUGAUAAGAGGAUAAGUGGAAGUUAAAGACAAAAACACUGUUAUGUUUAAGAGAGUGAGGAAGAAGUUUUAGGGGAAAUCCCUUGAGUCAACUGAUGCCUUUGGCAGUUUAGGAGAAAUCUUCUCUGUCAAUGUAUUCAAUAUUUCUAUCUCUAUAUUGUCCCUUUUAAAUUCAGUAGAAAUGAGUUCUAAAAGGAACAGACUGAGCAUCAGCUUCAAAUCGUCAUCAUGGCUCAGUGGAGAAGGCUGGGAGGAGAAAAUCAAACUGAAUAUCGUAUUGAGUUAAGACACAAGAAUACAAAUAAGGGUUAGAUUGUGGCUCAAAUAUCAUGCCAUAUUCUGAAAGUAAAACAAUGAUUUUAAAGGUUAAAGAUUUGAAUGAUUGACAUUACGUUCCGAAGCUUGACAUGUUUGUUGGUGGAGCAUUCGGUCAAUCCCAAAUCACCCAGUAUGCAACCUUUGAUAGGUCGAUGCUACAGCAGAGAGCAGAGAAUAAGUCAGGAGCAAAUCAGUCCGGCUUCAGGAGUCCUUCUUUUUUCAGAGUAUCACAUCAGAUAGAUGCCGGACAGCACUGCUAAAUAUCACAUGAUUCACAAGCUCGUAAAUGAGGCGGACAAUCUCUGAAAACUCAAGGUCCGAAAUAACAGACUGCAAUAGGAGAGAAGUAGAAGGUCCAAACAAAUUCUCAAUAAAGAUUAACCCUUUCAAAACUCCUUAACGUACGUGAAGCAUUUUUAUCAUCAGACUUUACAAGGUUUCAAACCUGGGAAACAAACGGAUGCACUGGGAGAACAGUGACAAAUGUGACUCUCUGAAAAUGUGUAAAAAGAAGAAAACCCUUUUGAUUAGAUCUAAAACUGCCAAUGUUUUUUUUGUUACUUUAGGAAUAUAAUACAUGAAUAAAGCCAAAGUGACAUCAGUCCAUAUAAUUAUUACAUCUUGUAAAAACUCUUGUAACAAUCAUGAAUUUUAAGAGUUGCUUUGGACAGAAGUUUCAAUAAAAAUAAUUUAUUUAAAAUUUUGGCUCAAUUUGGUUUAAAGUCCUAAAGAUAAGUUGGUAAAAUACCCAAGUAAAAUAAUAUUUGGAGGUGUGCACUGUAUUUCCCAACACCCGUCUUUAUUAAGUAAAUAAACAUACAACAAAAAUAUAUAACCAUGCAUCAGACAGACACACAUGUUGACAUUCGGACAGCUGGCCUGUUGUCAUGGAACAGUGCUGGAGGUAGGACGGGACAGAAAAACACUUCAGCCUCUUCAUUCAGGGUCCAAACAUACGAUAAAUAGAACAUCAACUGAAAACUGCAUAAAAAAUAGUCAUAGUGUAAUAACUGUGUAUGCAGAAUCUACAUCUCUUUUUAUACAUUAUGUCCACAACAAAAAUACCAUAUAUCCUCCCCCCCCCUUUUCUGUACAGUGCUUCAAUUCAACUUCAAAACCUUUACAGCAAACCAAGUAUUAUCUGAGACCGUUAGUGGCCUGUGUGGAGCGGUUUUACCCUCAUACAAAAGGUCAAUGAGAAGAGUUGCAGUAUUGAAAUCUGAAUAAAUUACCUCAAGCCAGUUUCCAGAUCUGCAGGAACAGGAGAGGAAGGAGCACGGCGGCGUUCAGAGAGAAAACACUCGAGGGCAAAGCCGAGUUCCUUCCUGUCCCCGUUCCUCUCAGAUCUGUGGAGCUGCACAUCCAUCACACUGAAAGAGGCAGCACAGACAUAUUGUAUUUAAUAUUGUACUUCUGUCUCCAUCUGUACUGGUGACGUCAGGUAGUGGGGUUGCAGGGCAACCUGUCUUUACAUUAAGAUCAGGCGACAAAGACAAGUGAGUCUUCGCCACUUUCCAUGUAGAUAUACACACGCUUUGUCUAUUGUCACAGUGUUUUCUCUAAAGUAGCCUAACUGAGCAUGCUGGUGUAACAUCAACACACUGACUGUACAGUUUGUCUUUAGUAAGCUUUGUUUUCGUGUUUUUUUUUAACUAUCUGUUCAGUUUCCUCUGCUCCUUUUUGUGCAGAUCAGCUAGUUUGCCUGGUGAGUUUUCCCUAUUAUUAAUGAUUCUGCUCAAAACAAGAGGCAGCACUUUAGCUUGAGUUUGUGUAGACGGUGCCAAUGGUGAUGAGGAGUCUGCAGAAAUUCGGCCGAAUGAUUUUUAUACAGGAAUUAAUCCUCGUCAUUUUCAAGCUAAAACAGAUUCCAGUGGAGAUCUCCGCUGACAAAUACCCUCAGUCGACGAACAAGACUUAAUCCUCCUCCAAGAAACUGGUCGGUCUGUGUGUGUGUUAUCUGACAGGAAGAACGUACGCUGUAUGUAGUAACAGUAGUAACAGAAGUAACAGUAGCAGUAAUUGUACACGUACAUUAACAAUACAGCAGAUAUAGACCAUAUGUGCACAGUUGUUAGAUGCUGUAAAGGAGACCAGUCAGUCCACUGAACAGGAUUAAGGCAAUUUCACAAGUGUCCUGGUUUAUUUGUAUGUUAGUAACUACUGUGCAAUUUUAGUCCCACAUUUCAUCUUGCUCUGAUAUAAAAAUAAGAAAAAGAAUUACAGCUGAGUCAUGAUUAAAAACGUGACAGCUCAUUUCUGGAUCUAUUACUCUUUAAUUUAUGUGUUAUCAUUUCUACUGAAUGUACAUUGUUUUGUUUGUGCAUUUCUGGCAACACUAUAAUUAAUAUAUACUUAUUCAGAACUUAUAACCUGUGAAAUCUAACACUAGUAAAACUUGUGUGUCAUUUUCUGUCAUUAGUGAUAUCUUUUAAGCAGCCAAUUAAAAAAAUAUUCAUAAACAUACCUAUAAAGAAACAUUUCAGCUAAAAACAUGUGUGUUUUCAGCUCACUAAUAUGCAUUGUUCAGCAUCUUUAAGAGAAAUUAGGAUAAAUCUUUGUAACGGCUUGUUUGCUGGGUAUAUUUGGAUAAACUCUCCAAAACGUGAGUAAUUAAUGUUUGUCUCUUCUCUGUUCCGUGUAUAUUAGAGCAAGACUAAAUGGUCUUUUGCUGAUUUUACUAACAGUACUUUACACCAAAAUAAGAGUAAAUUGUCGACGGACCUGUGUUGAAUGUGUCAGUGAACUUUAUCCUCAGAUAAAAACAUAGUGAAUAGCUGGUCUCAGGGAGCAACGAUGUGUGACACUCAAUAGAAAACUUGUUGCAGGCUGUAUGAAACGUGCCUUGGCUAAGAGAUACAUAAAACAGCAACAUCUCAAUAUCCCGUCACAUCAAGUAUGUUUGCUGCAGGGAGACGUACAGUAGAGUACAGUAAGUUAUGAGUCAUGGUCAUGCAUAAAAUGGAAAGCUCUCCUCCGUGGUUCAGUUCAGCAGUGUGCCGUACAGCUGGGCCUUGGUCAAACUGUCCUUCCUCGUUAGUCCCGUGCUGCCAAAUUUUUGGUAUCUG